ACGCUUACCAACCUUAAGUAAAUAAACAUUUUUUUCUUGAACACUGUUCUUGAAUAACCUAGAUUAAAGAUUUGCAUUUAAAAUACUAUUUAGUCUAUGCAAUCAAAGAUUUAUGUUUUGCAUGCGAUUUAUAUUUUGUAUAAACAUUUUUUAUUGAGUAACCUGAAUCGAAGAUAAUUAAUAAAAUUUCCAUAUUUAAUUUUAAAAAAACAUUCAGUUAUACUUAUAGCAGCAACUUAAACUGUGUAUCAUUGAAUAUUAAAAGUUACAUAAUUAUUUUGAUAAAAAGAAAUUUCAUGCCAUAUCUGUAUCAUAUUGACAAUGGAGGAAGUAUUCACGUCCAAUAUUCAUGAGGACAAACCUUAUUCGUGCAAAGAGUGUCCCAAAGCUUUCACCGCAAAAUCUAAUUUAAUAAGGCAUUCUCAUGUUCAUAAAGCAGUGAAACCGUUUUCAUGCAAUGUGUGUAAUGAAACUUUCAGGUUAAAAUGUGAACUAUCUCUACAUUCUCAUGUUCAUACUAAUGGAAAACCUUAUUCGUGUAGUGUGUGUAAUAAAGCAUUUUCAAGAAUCAAUAGUUUAAAUAAACAUUCUCUAAUUCAUACGGGGGCUAAACCCUAUUCAUGCAUCGUGUGUGACAAAAGAUUUACCCAUAAAAGUAAUUUAACUGUACAUGCUCGUGUUCAUACUAAGGAAAAACCUUAUUCGUGCACUGUGUGUAAUAAAGAUUUUUCAAGCAAAUGUAAUUUAAAAGAACACUAUCGACGUGUUCAUACCGAAGACAAGCCUUACAUGUGCAUGGUGUGUUAUAAAACUUUUACAGUAAAGUGUAAUUUAAUGAGACACUCCCGUAUUCACACUAAUGAAAAACCUUAUUCAUGUAGUUUGUGUAAUAAAGCAUUCACUGAAAGAGGUAGUUUAAAUGAACACCAUCGUGUUCAUACUGGCGAGAAGCCUUAUUCUUGCAGUGUGUGCAAUAAAACAUUCACAUUGAGAAGUCAAUUAAAAGUACAUGCACAUGUUCAUACUGAUGAAACGCCUUAUUCGUGCAAUGUGUGCGGCAAGGUUUUCAAACAUAAAAGUAGUUUAAAUAAGCAUUCUCGCAGUCAUACUGAAGAAAAACCCAAUUCAGGCAAUGUGCGGGACGAAAAGUCGCCACAGGAAAGUAAUUUAUCUUUAGAGACUGUUUAUACUUAUGAAAAACCAGACUUGUGCAACGUGCAAGACAAAACUUCCUCACAAAAAAAUAACAAAUCAAUAGACUCUCAUGUGCAUAAUAAGACAGAUUCUUAUAAUGCGCAUAAUAAAAUCUCUUUAAAGAAAAGUAAUUUGUCUACAGAUUCUCAUGUAUAUACUUAUGAAAAACCUGAGUUAUGCAAUGUGGAGGAAGAAACUGACUCACAAAAUAGUAAUUUAUCUGUAACUCAUGAUUAUAUUUAUGAAAAGCCUGAUUUGUGCAUUGUAAAUGAAGAAACAAACUAAUGAAAUAAUUGUUUACAUAUCCCUCAUGUUUAUAUUUAAAAAAAGCUAGAUUUGUCCAAUGUCGAUUAAAAAACUUACUUACAAAAUAGUACUUUAUCUAUACCUUAUGUUUACACUUAUGAAACUACUGAUUUGUGCAAUGUCAAUAAGGAGACUUACUCAAAAAAUAGUAAUUUAUCUGUAUCUCAUGAUUAUAUUUAUAAAUAGCCUAAAUUGUGCAAUGUAAAUUAAGAAACUAACUCAUGAACUAAUUGUUUAUAUAUAUCCCUCAUGUUUAUAUUAAAGCUAGAUUUGUCCAAUGUUGAUUAAAAAACUUACUUAAAAAAUAGUAAUUUAUCUGUAUAUCAUGUCUAUAUUUAUGAAAAAUCUGAUUUGUGCAAUGUGGAUGAAAAACUUACUUGUAAUAAUAUAAAUAGUAAUUUUUCUUUACCUUAUAAUUAUGACUAGCCUAAUUUCUAUUAUUUACUAGAUGAAACUUCUUCACUAAAUUUUUUUUUAUCAGUAAACUCUAUGGGACUGAGGAGAUGCACAAUGAAUCUUCCUCAUGGGAAGUAAUUUAUCUAUAGGCUUUCAUGUUGACAUUUAGAAAAAACCUUAAUUCUUGUAUGUGAGAAACUAUUCAAAAACUAAGUACAAAACUUUGAUUAUUUUAAGUAAUUGGGAUCAAAUCUACUUUGAAUGAUCAAAAUUUUCAAGUUAUAGAGGUUCUUAGUUCUAAUCAUGAACUUUCAUUUUCAAAUUUCGAAAAUUUUGAGGUGAUUAUAUUCCAUGUAAGGUUUCUUUUAACUCGAGAACAAGCAAAAGAAAGUUUAUGGCAAAAUAAGCCAAUUAAUAUCAUAUCAGAUAAAUUACCAAAAGUGCAAAUAAAAAAGCAAGUUCCAUUCAUGGAAACUCCUCAUUAAUGAACCAAAUCUCAAUGUCCUUUCACCCUCACAAGUGUCACUUUCCCCCAUUUUCUAGUUUAUACUGUGCUAAAAAUUGUACUUAACACCAAUUGUUCCAAAUUGUACUACGCACUACGAACAGGAUUGGCAUUUCUUCUGGAAGGAACCUAUUUCUUGCAGGGAACUGGGAGAACCUUGACAAAAUGGCAGAAACUAAAAAAGACCAAUAUAAAUGCUUAAAAGUGUUUUGAAAAAUAGCUUAAAUUUAAGCAAAUUAAAUUCAAUAUAGUACCAGAAAGUUUUUCACGUCCACUAAUAAAAAAAGAACUAUUUUUAUACAGAAUUUAAAAACAUAUUUGUAUCAUAUUAUUUAAAAGUGAGUUUGAGUAUUCAUACUAAGCAGGAUUUGGUUAAAAAAUUAGGCAGAAUGGAACCCUUUAACUCAGGGUUGGGUUUUUGCCAUCAAAAACUGGUUUUUGACACGACGGUGGUAAAAACCGUGUU